AUUUCAGUCCCAAGCUCCUGCCUUCACUCCCCAAUCUGUGGUGUUCAUCUCUCCGUCUCCCUGCAGGCAGCCAGCAGCUGAGCCCCUGGAGCCGAUAGACCCCACCUGAGAUGUCUUCUUUUGCUUGCCGGAGCCUGCGUAUAACCCUUCUUGCCCUGCUCUGCUGCUCAGGGUCUGGUGAGAAGGCGUUCGAGGUCCACGUAUCAUCCGAGAAGCAGAUAGUAGAAGCCACAGGCUCUUUGAAAGUCAAUUGCAGCACUAGCUGUGAGAAUCCGCAAGUGGGUGGUCUGGAGACCACCUUGAGUAAGGAAGUGUUGGAGGAGCACCCUCGAGGGAAAUGGAAACAGUUCUUAGUCUUAAAUAUCUCCCAAGACAUGAGCCUCCUGUGCCACUUCACCUGUGAGGAGAAACAGCAUUCAGAGCAUCUCAACGUCAGAGUAUACAAGCCUCCGGCUAAGGUCACCCUGAAGCUGCAGCCCUCGCAGGUGUUUGUGGGAGAAGCCUUCACCACUGAGUGUAUGGUAGAAGCGGUGAAGCCCCUUGAGAGCCUCACCCUCAGCCUGCUCCAUGAAGGAGAGACCCUGCAGAACCAGACCUUUGAGGGAGCUGAAAGUAACGCCAUAGCCAUAUUCAACUGGACAGCUCUAACAAAGGAUAGCCUCAACUUAUCCUGCCAGGCUGUGCUGGACCUGCGGCCCCAUGGUGGGCACAUCAUCCGCUCCACCUCAGAGUCACAGAUCCUCAUAGUCAUCGAGCAUCGCCCGAUAAUCAUCAUAAUCAUAGUGGUGUCAAUACUGCUGGUCUUAUUUGUGACAUCGGUCCUGCUCUGCUUUAUCCUCGGCCAGCACUGGCACAGGAAGCGGACGGGCACCUACGGGGUGCUGGCUGCCUGGAUGAGGCUGCCCCGAGCCUUGCGGCAACGUCCUGGGUGAGCCAAUGUUCCCAGGCCUCUGGUGGCUGCUGGAAUUCAACAUGGCGCCUUCAGGGUGUGGUCCAGCACUGGCUGAAGGACUCUGGCCGUGGCACAAGACACUGGGGACAUUUCCUUUCUUCUUAACCUCAAUACAAAUACCUGGAUUUCACCCUGUGCUCUCCGUGUCUGCUCCUGGGGUAACAGCAGCACCUGUGGCAAGGAUGGUACUAACUGUGAUCUGCUCACCCCGUUGUCUCCUCCGCCCUUCCCAUCUCCCUGCUCUUUCCUCUGCAGCCCAGACCCCAGAUGUCUACCCACACCAUUAGCAACUGAUUUCCUACUGAGGUCCUGUGAGGGGGAGGCAUUUCUGUAUGCACAUGGCCCUGGAGACCUCAGGCUGUUCCUGGUUGAAACAGGACUCGGCCCUGGCUCUCCUUUCUGCCAACAGAAUCCAGGGAAAGGAGGCCCAAGGAAGCCGAGUCCACCACUGGGGCCUCCUGAGCCGGCCUUCUUCCCCAACCAUGCUGCCUUCCAGGGGCUUUCAGGCAUUUGGAGACAGGAGCCAUCCUCUUCUCUCAUGCCCUAUUUCAGGCCCAAGGGGGACUCCACAGAGGGGAGAGAGGGACAAAGACCAGCUGGGGCUCUGGUAUCAGGGAAGGCUCUGGUCCAGACAGGGAACAGGAUCAAUCAGGUUUACGUGGCUUCUGGGUCAGGGAGGAGUUUUACGGAGAUUUCUCUCCAGAACAGGCAGCUUGAGACAGCAGUGGAGCAGAGAGCCUGCUGCCCCAGGGUAGACAGCUUGACUGGGACCGGGUGGGUAGGAAGGGCUUCAGCAUGGAUGCAGAGUCCAGCAUGCUGGCAGCCCCGUGCUGAAGCGGGUGAGGCC